GGGAGGCCCGAGGGCCCCCUAUCUCGGCGUUUGUCUCUACACUCCUCUCUCUCUUAACUAAACUUUCUACGCUCUCUCUCUCUCGCGCGCGUCGCGCCAUAUAUAAAUCCUGUUCACGGCCAUGGCUCGACGAAUUCAGAUACCUCGUCUCUAGACCAACAUUCCUUUGCCUAUUUCUGCUGCAGCUGCUAAGAUUGAGCUGCGGCUCCAUUCCUUAGAUCUCGCAUACUACUACUAACACGUUAUACGCAUUCAUAUAUAAAUAUCUACUUCUUUUCAUUCCUUUUCCACGAUCACCUUUUCUGCAGAGGAAGAAAACAUCAUUCUAGCUGGUCUAUAGUUCAAAAUCCUCCUCUACCUCUCCUUGAAAAGAAAAAUAAAAUAUACUCUUCAGUUCAUCGCGAUGCGACGCACCGCGACUCUUCUUUCGGCCUUAGGCCUCACGGCGCAGCUCAGUUCUGCAGCUUACACUUUACAAGACGAUUACUCGGGCGAUAGCUUCUUCGAUGGCUUCACUUUCUUCACCGGCGCUGACCCUACCAACGGCUUCGUCGACUACGUCGAUGAAGCCACCGCCCAGAGCAAUGGCUAUAUCUCCACCUCUGGCGACGCCCCUGUCUACAUGGGCGUCGACCACACCAAUGUCGCUGGCAGCAGCGGCCGUCAAAGCGUCCGCAUCAGCAGCGAUGCCACCUACAACCAUGGUCUCUUCAUCCUCGACCUUGGACACAUGCCCGGAGGUGUCUGCGGUACCUGGCCUGCCUUCUGGCUCGUCGGCGCCGACUGGCCCAACAACGGCGAAAUCGACAUCAUCGAAGGCGUGAACCAACAAUCCGGCAACGACAUGACCCUGCACACCAGCGACGGGUGCAGCGUCUCCUCUUCCGCAGACUUCACCGGCUCCAUGACCACCAGCAACUGCUACGUCUCCGCCGCAGGCCAAUCCAAUAACGCCGGGUGCGGUAUCACCGACCCCGACGGUACCUCGUACGGAACCGCCUUCAAUGCCAAUAACGGCGGUGUCUUCGCGACAGAAUGGACUUCAGAUGCUAUUAGUAUCUGGUUCUUUGAACGUGGGAGUAUCCCUGAUGAUAUUGAUUCGGGCAACCCGGACCCGGAUUCUUGGGGUUCGCCGGUUGCGAGGUUUCAGGGUGAUUGUGAUAUUGAUGCCCAUUUUGAUAAUUUGCAGAUUGUAUG